GGUCUUACAUCCUCAGUGCCAGUGCCAACCCACCACCGGCCCACUAAACAGGCUGGCACCCUCUACCCACCACCACAACUACCACAACCUCUACCACCACAACCUUUCCCCACCUGAGUCACUUUCCUGCCCCCUACACAACUACCCCCCCUCCUUCUUGUGCUGUGUCGCUAAGUUCGUCUCGAAAUUGGUGUGAGUUUUAACCCGGCCGGAAAAUUGGUCCUAUUACGGCAGCCAUUUAGUGGAAAGUGUAGUUGUGUGAGGGUCUGAGGUCCUGAGGAUGGACGGCCGGUGUGUGUGUGUGUGUAUGUGAUUCAGGACCGCUAGCAGCAACCUCGGGGCCCCUGGGAGCCAUUAAGGGUUUCUGCCUGGAGACUUAAACUGGUCCUGGGCUGAGGAGUUCAAGAGGCACAUUUUAAGCUGAUGCAAGGGCUCACUUGGUGUAUCCAAGGGCCCGUAGUAGCUUCUAGGGCCCACUCGCAGCCUCAGGGGGCUCACUGAGAAGCUUCAGGAGAACUUAAAGAACUCCCCUGUGUCCGCUAGAAGCUGUGAGUACAAGCUUAGAGCCUGGGGAAGCUUCAAGAUCCUUCCACGUCUUCAAAGAUCUUUUAAGAGGUCUUUGUGGUCCUCCCAGUGAGUCUUAAGGGUCACUAGAAGCCUUUAAGAGGAUCCUUGAGGUCUCAGUGGCCUCCCUAAGGACCAUUGAGAGCUACAAAAGACCCUCUAAGGCGCUCCAAAGACCUUCACCUCUCCUCCAUCGUCACCGGGACAGCUGGACCGUCUGCUGAGACCGUCUGGUUCAAUCUUCUCCACGUCGACUUCACCACCGGCGAGGCUACAAACUCGGUGGUCAAGAUGGCAACGUGGACCACUAGGCCAGCUGUUCGGGGUACAGAGACCAUCUGGGGCCCUGGCUCACCUCUAGAAUCACCUAGCUCGUCCCUAGCAUCACCUAGCUCUCCCCUAGGGGCAGCAGCACCUAGCAGCACGCCCAGCACACCUCCAAUGUCUCCCUCCUGGGUCGCCAAUCCCUCCCAUCCUCCCGCCCACAUGACCGGUGGUGACUCUGAUGAUGACUUUGACGAUGACCUGGACGAUAGUGGCUACGAUGACUGGCUGGAUUCGCAGUUGGCUGGCACUGGCGAGAUGACAGUGGUGGAGCGGCUACGGUACCUGCUGGACACGGGGCAGUUUGCUGACGUCAACAUCAGGGUCGGUCAGGGCCAGAACGUGACUGUCUUCAAGGCACACCGGCUCCUGCUGGCCACGGCGAGUCAGCCACUUUAUCGUCUCGUGUACCAGGUGUGUCCGAACCCUGGCCCUAAUGAGGUCACCACCAUCAGGGUCACCGAUAUGAACCCUAAGGACUUCGAGCAUAUCCUUAAGUACAUCUACACAGAUCACAUCGACUGUAAGAAAAUCAGUGUGGCGUUCGAACUCCUGAGAGCCAGCAGGAAGUGGGGUCUGGCCGGCCUGGGCAUCAAGUCCCUCACAUACCUCGAAGAAUUUGUCGAUAACUUCGAACCCAAGACGGAUGACGUCAACACUAACCUCUUUGAGCUCUUGGUGCUGUCUGAGGAGACCCUGAACGAGAUGAGUGAGAAAUGUUGGCAGAUCUUAGUCAAACACGCCACCGAGGUCAUCCCAUGUGAAGGUUACCUCAACCUGAGCCAGGUCAUGGCCAAGAAGGUCAUCUGCCACAAAGAUAUCAAGUUCGAGAACCAGCUUAAGCUCUUCGAGGCUAUCAGGGAUUGGGGUCUCCGUUACAUCCAAAAUCACAAUCUCAAGCUGACCCAUCUGGGCAAUGUGGUGGAGGAACUCAUUAAGGUCAUCGACUUUGACCGGAUCUCUGACGCUGACUUUAUCAACACCGUGUUGACGUCCGAGUGUCUGGGCAAGGCGGAGGUGAUCGCCUUCUUCAUGACACAUGGGCUGGAGAUCCCCAGGAACCUGGACUUCAACAACAAUAAACAGCUUCCCUUUUGGCUGUGGUUCUGUGCCACCUCAGACAUGGAGGGGAAGCCGUCGACACGAGGACCUCCCUCACCUUCUUCCUGCAGCAGCACCAGCAAGAAGUCCUCCAACAAGCUCUCCAGCCUGGCUACUGUCAAUGAGACCUUAUCCAAAAUCUGUUCGCUGACUCAGAACGGCUCAGUGCUGGAGUUCAACAAGGUGUGCCGCUUCAGGAAAGGCUACAGGUGUCCACAAAAAGAGAUCUACCAGGAACAAGAGCUGAGGUUCCGGGUAGACAAGAACAUCAAGUUACUAGGCGUCGGGUUCGGGUUUCUCUUCAGCUGUACAGACAUGGGCAUCAGCGUACACUGUCAGGGACCUUGGGAGACCCGCCAGUGGACCGACAUCGCCCAGUCUUACUGCCGAGUGUCAGGAGAGAAACAAGAGACGGCUGACGUGCGGCUGAUGUUCUUCCACCCAGUCAGGAUAGAAGCUAACCAGAGCUACAAGGUUAUGGUGAAGACGGUGAGGAUGAGUCAGGGGAGCUCUGAGGUGGAGUUGUGGGGCGGCACUGGUGGACUCUACUGUGUGGAGACGGAGGACGCCGCGUUCCACUUCAUCAAGGCGGCGGUGGACCCCAACACUAGCGUGGAGGAGAGUGACGGCGACACUAAACCCGGCAUCAUCACUGAGCUGCUCUACCAGAUGGACACCGGGGAGAACACCACACCUACCACCGGGGCUCCCAGACGGCGACGACCACCUUCUGAAGUAGAGGAGGUCGAGGAGAGUUCUUCCCCACGUCGACGCCGCCCAGAGCCUCCAGAAGAGCAGAAGCCAGUACAGAGCUCCCCCAUGAGGAGGCGUACGGGAGCGGAGGCCUCUCUAAAGGUGCCGGAGAUCCCCUAUGUGAGGAAAAGGUCUCCUCCAGCUGAUGAUCAGAAGACCCCAGAAGCUCCACCACUAUGCAGGAGACGCGAGAGCACCGAGACGUCCUCCAGGAAGACCUCAGCGGAAGAGUACAAGCCGGAGAGUUUCUCCACUAACAGGUGGAGAACGAGGACCAGGGAGACCGAGACCGAAUACAAGAAGUCGCCGGUGGAGGAGUACAAACCUUCAAGCUUCUCCACUAACAGGUGGAUCUCCAGACCGAAGGAGGACAAGACAGGCACCGAGAAGACAACCUCCGACACCUCGUCUUACACCAGCCAGAAGAAAACGACGGAAGAAUAUAAACCUGAAAGCUUCACCUCCAACAGAUGGAGGACGAGAAGCAAAGAGGAAGGCACCGAUACUAAAAAGACUCUCGACGUCAGCCGUAAGGCGUCUACUGAGGAAACCAAGCCGGAGACUGAUAGAUGGAGAAGUAAACCACAGGAGGAGAAGAAAGACACGCCGUUUGGUGUGCGGAGAUACUCCAAAUCUGAUGAAUCGACAGUCACACACCCGUUCAUGCGACGACGCGAGUCCAAGGACACGAACGCAGAAAUACCCUUCUACCUCCGUCCACGACCGUCGCAGUCGGAGGAGACGAAAACGACGACAGGCAGCGCUUACAGCAGGAGCAGAUGGGGGUCGUCCGCAACCAACUCCAUCGCUGCCAAGGAAGAUAAGCCCUCGACAGACACAACAUCACGUAGCAGGUUCCUCCGUUCCAGCGACAGUAUUAGUUCUCCCUCACUCCGUUCCACCGGGUCCUCCACCCUGUUCUCCCGUUACGGGUCUGCUCGAGACACCCCCCUGUCCCGGACGCGUGAUACGUCCCUCUCCCGUUACGGAGGCUCCAGCGGUAGCAGUUACCUCAGCAGCAGGUAUGAACCUGCUACCUCAGCAGGCGGAACAGAUACAAAUAGCUCUGAUAGUAGUGUUAGUAAGUACACGACUACUCCAUCCACCGGAGCUCAGUCUACUAGCUCUAGUAGUUACAGUAGAAGGUACAGCUCCUCGUCAGCUCCCCCAGGCGGGUACAGCAGUAGGUAUGACUCCUCUGCUUCGUCUGGAAGUGGUUUAAGCGGAGUUACAAGCAGGUACACCAUACCAGCAGCCGCCAAGGAGCCAGUUAGGUACACCUCAUCAGUACCCAUCAGGGAGCCAGUCAGGUACGGUACAUCUACCUUGGGUUCUAGCAGUAAGUUAGCUGCGCUUAGCGCUAAGUACGGUUCUUCCGCUGGUUCUACCAGUACCUCAAGUGGCAUCAGUAGGUACGGUACUUCCACCUCGGGUUCUGGCAGUAACUUAGCUGCUCUUAGCGCUAAAUACAGUCCUUCUGCUGGUUCUUCUAAUACAUCAAGUGGAGUAAGCAGUAGAUACGGUACUUCUGGUUCUAGCGAUACCUCGAAUGGCUCUAGCGCCAGGUAUGGUUCACUGUCUUCCUCUACAAGUGGUCCUAAUAGGUAUGGUUCAACUACAUCUACCAGUGGUUCAGGUAGCGUGUUGGGUAGUACUAAGUAUGAUUCAUCCUCCGCUACUGGUAGAUAUGGUUCACCAGCUCCCACAUCAAGCAGGUAUGGUUCACCUGCUCCUACUAGUGGCUCAUCCAGUAGUUAUAGCAGCAAGUACGGUCUCUCAGCCCCUGCGGGCGGUUCUAGUACACUAGGUGGUAGCAGUAGAUAUGGUUCCCCAGGCCCUACAACAAGCAAGUACAGUUCUCCUGCUCCCACAACUAGCAGGUACAGUUCUCCUGCUCCCACAACUAGCAGGUACAGUUCUCCUACUCCUACUAGCAGUACUGGCCUAAUUACCAGAUACGGUUCUUCUGGCCCGGGUAGUGAUUCUGGCGCCAAGUAUGGUUCAGGAAGCACUUUAAGCUCUCUGAGAACCUCGACGAGUGGGAAAGACUGUGAUCUAUGUCCAACCAGUAGAACCAACAGAUAUGGUUCUUCUACAACUUCUACUCGUGCUUCGUCGCCAGUCACAGCAGGGAAGUACUCCUCCGCCGAGAAUAGCAGGAGCAAGUGGGAUAGUGACGGAGGGAGAGGUAAGGGUGACGGUGAAAGUGACGGAGGCGACAGUGGGUCAUCUUAGCUACUCACAUUGAUCUGUCGCGUUCGUUAACUUAGAAACGUGAUAAUGAUGAUAUUAUUAUAUACCACUUGUACAAACGUUAAGACAUUGGCUAAUCUUUCUUUUCAUGUUAUUUUUUUCCUCUGGCAUUUAAUUCCCAUAAUAAUGGCGACUUUUCCCUUCAUGUAUAGUAAUUUUCUUCCCUAGCAGUGAUGACUUUCUACCCUAGCAGUGAUGAUGACUUUUCCCUAACAAUUGUAAUUUUCUUCCCCUACAAUGGUGACUUUCUUCCCGAGUAAUGACGACCUUCUUCCCUUGCUGUGUAAAUGAACUUUGUCUUUUCUUGUACACGUAUGGGUCCCGCCUCGGUUAAACUCACACACCUGUUCUUUAUUUUUUAACUAUUUCACAAAACAAAAGACUUACAAAUUAUAGAUAUUUCAGAUAAUUUAAAGACGGUACAGUUAUGCGAAGUCAAUGGACUUUAGGGUAAUUUUCCCGCCAUUAUAUAUGUUUAUGGAUAGGUUUAUGCUUAUUUAGAGGCAGAGAAAAUAUAACUAGGGUAAACAAAUAUAGGCAAUCAUUAAUAAUUCACUAAGGUUGGAAUUUGGUUCUUGUUGUCUAGUAAAAGGGAAAGUUAAAAGCGAUGAUUUUCUUCACUGCCCACUGUUUACGUGCAGUUAUUCAUAGUUUUAUUCAUUAUUUAUGUUAGUUUAGGCCAGGAUGUAUACCGGUAGUGAUCGGAACAUCAACAGUUAACUUGUGGUCUCUGUAAUACUGUAGAAACUUAAUUUAUCUAGUUAUUGUUUGUGUUUACAUAAAUAACUUCUGCUACAGCUCAGUAGAUGGCAAAGUUUGUGAGUUUAACGCUGAGUUUAAAUGUAAGUGACUACUUAUUACUAAGAUAUUUUCCAAGGGUUAAGUUUUAAUUAUUUCACAAUAUAUCACAUAUCAACAGUAACUUUAUGAAUAUUUAUACUUAACACUGUCAGUGUGGGAUGAAUCACAAGUGUUUUAAGAGUUUUAAGUCAAGUCCAGUAAUCUAUUGUCUUAACGACCGUGUAUAUAUACAAACUUUUCCGGUAAAUUUGAUUAGUAAAGGGAAACAUAAAUCAUGACAAUUUAGUGGAAAUGUCAGAAGACGAUAUUAUUCGUACAAUACCAUGAACAGUUUUAUUGUCAAUGGUUAGAUACAGCAUGUCACAUCCAUUAGUGUGGCGACGUAAAGUACAGCUGAUGCAUUUGGUCUUAUUUUAUUAACAUUGGGUAACUGGCUGACACAAGUGACCUAUUCGUUUAUUUGAAAGCCAUGACUAGGUUACAUCACAUUGGCUGUUGCCACUUGUAAAAAAAAAGGUUCACAAUUAAAGUAAUUUGUUCUCCACAAUAUCAAGAGCAAUGUUCUCACUAAUACACUAAACCUCUAGACCUGUUUUAUUCUCAUUAAUCAAGUUACUCUCACAAAUGUGGUUAAAGUUUUUUUAUCAUCAUAUAUACACCAAUAAUUUACUGUAUCAUCUAAAUUUGUUAUGUAGUAAGUCAUUAAUGUCUGUGAAUUAUUUGUUUGUGAGGAAGGACUGUCAGGUCAACCUUGUUCUUACGUCUUGUAUAAAUAUAUACAACAUG